CGCCAUGUCCUUUGUGGAGAGUUGGAGGUCUGUAGGCCCGCGUAGGCGCCGUCAGGUUACCCCAGGCCCUGUCACUCGGUCUGUGUAUUCCGACUACACUCAAGGGAAUAGCUGGAGUGAGGACGGAGACGAGGGAUGCGACCAAGUGGCCCGCGACUUGCGAGCAGAGUUCUCGGCCAGGGCGUCGUCGGAGUCCAAGAGGGCUCCGCUACUCCCACGGAUCGGGGACGGGUCGCCGGUCCUGCCGGAUAAGCGCAACGGCAUCUUCCCGGCGACUGCGGCCAAGCGAACCCAGGCUCGGCGGUGGCCCAUCCAAGCCCUUUCCAUUCUUUGUUCGCUGCUGUUCGCCGUCCUCCUUGCUUUUCUCCUCGCCAUCGCCUACCUGAUCGUUAAAGAAUUGCAUACAGAAAACUCGAAAAAUGAAGAUGUCGUAGAUACGGGGCUGUUAGGAUUCUGGUCUCUGCUGAUAAUAUCUCUAACUGCUGGAUUAUCCUGUUGCAGCUUUUCUUGGACAGUGACUUACUUUGAUUCUUUUGAACCAGGAAUGUUUCCGCCUACUCCUCUUUCACCUGCUAGGUUCAAGAAACUGACUGGACAUUCUUUCCACAUGGGCUACAGCAUGGCAAUUCUGAAUGGUGUUGUAGCUGCUCUCACUGUGGCAUGGUGCCUUAUGUAAACCCACAAUAGAACAACAUUGUUGGUGAAAGUCAUUGUUUUUGAAGUUACAGAAAUGAAAUUGCCUACUCAGAAGACUGAGAAAUGUGAUUCAUAUACAUACUAUCAUCAUCAUUAUGGAAGACCUUAUAGAGGCCAUUUUUUAAAUCUAUAAGAUGUUUACUUCAUCUUUUUUUACUUUUGUGUAGUUUAUAUCUGUUACAGAAAUUAUUUCAGUGGAAAUCAAACAUGGAAACUUGAAUACAGGACCAUGCCUACCUUUCUAUGCACAUUUUACUUUUUACUAACAUUAAUAUUACUGGUUGAGGUAGAAAUAUUUAUAUACUACAUUAAGAAAACAGUACUGAGGCCAAGUGUAUUAGCAAGACCUUAAAGCCCAGCAUUUUGGAGAGAGAAGCAGGUUCUGUGGGUUCAAAUUUAGCCUGUAGUUGCACAAUGAGAUCAUUUCAAGAAAAAGAAGAAACAAUUUCUAUUCUUUGAGACUUUGUAGAAGCUACAUAAAUCAGAGUUUUUGAUAAUCAAUAGAAUGCAUAUGUGCACUUAUAUUUUUGUGGAGUAUACCUAGGGGUUUUAUAUAUUUUUAUAAUAUUGAAUUUGUUUUUAAAAUGAUUACAUUUAUACCUAUAUGGUUGUAAAUUUUAUUUCUUAGCUGGUGUAAACCUGUCCUUUAGUAUUUUGUCUCUUUUUAAAAAGCAUUAAAGUACAUUGACUUAAAUUUAAGAUUAAGUAAAUUUAUUUUUUAACAAAAAGAUACUACAAAUUCAGGGUAAACUAUUUGUUGUUAUAAUGUUAAGAAAUUUGAUUUCUAUUUUCCACAAUUAAAAGUAUUUAUUUUGAUGUAUAUAUCAGGGCAGCAAAACUUGUACUAUUUUGUUUUUGGUAAAUGAAAACCUAAAAAUGUUGUAUGUAGAAAUGUUUGAACUUGUGUAUUUUUAAUCUCAAUUUAGUUGUCAAAGUAGAAAAAGUAUUUUGAUGCUCUGUAUGUGUACAUAUAAUUAAACUGUAAUAUGUAUGUUGUAAUAUAUUAUACAUACUGUAA